AUGCGUAUUCUACAUGAUAUCAGUCUCUCUCUCUCUCUCUCUCUCUCUCUGUCUCUGUCUCAGGUCCUCUCUUGUCUUCUCUUGUCUUCUCUUCUAUCCUGUCCGCUCUUCGACCUGUCUUCUUCUGCCUUGAAGUCUUUAAUCUCUUCGCGUCAACACCAUCCCCGCUUAGUCAUCUUCUCUCUAUCUAUCUUCAUCGACUUCAACUUCAGCUUCGCUACUUCUGCUUUUCUCUCUCAGCCUGCGAUGGCCGCCGACGACGCCAAAGGAAGGGAAAGGAGAGAAAGGAGGGAAAGGAGAGAAGCAGACCCGGAGGCGAAAGUCCUCGACCUGCGCAGCCUCAGCCAGGAUGCCGCCGCCGCCGUGCUCGCCCAGGUCGCCCGCAUCGAACGCCGCACUUUCCCCCCCUCCGAGGCCCUGACGCUCGACCUCAGCCUCUGCCGCAAGCCCAGCUCGCGUCUCUUCUUCUCUCGCACCGAUUCUGCUGCAUCUGCUGCGUCUGACACUUCAUCCGCUUCUUCCGCGUCUUCGACCGUCGCUGGAUACGUCUUCUACGUCCGGAUGAAGGACAAGGCGCUGCUGCACAAGCUCUGCGUCGAGGCCGGCCACCGCGGACGGGGGAUUGGAGGCUCGCUGCUGGCUGCCGUCGAGGAGCAGCUGCGGCGCGAGGGCUGCCGGACGGUGCAUCUCUGGGUCGACGCUGAGCGGGCGGCGGCGAGACGGCUGUACCAGCGGCGCGGCUUCGAGGAGACCCGGACGGUGCAGGACUACUACGGGCCCGGCCGGACAGGCAUCAACAUGGUCCUGUGCCUGGAUCUGUAG